UGAAACACCAUUAUGCCUCCUAGCAUUAUGCCUAUAAAUUGCGACAUCCAAAACAUGUAUGUACACGCCAACUGCCAUUGCACCAUUGCUAGCUAGCUAGCUUAUAGUUAAACAAAAUUUAUAUUAUAAACAACUUUGCACAAAUCUUUUGCUCUCUCAAAAAAUUUAAAGUCACAAAAAAAGCAUGGAACAUAAUUUUUAUCUCUCCAUUCUCCUUCUCUUUGUCUCUCUCGUUUGUCUCUCCCUUUUUUCUCUCUUCUACAAACACAAAUCUACAUGGAAUUUACCACCAGGAAAAAUGGGCUAUCCGGUAAUCGGUGAAAGUCAUGAAUUUCUAUCCACAGGAUGGAAAGGAAAACCCGAAAAAUUCAUUUUCGACCGCAUGAUUAAAUAUUCCUCAGAACUUUUUAAAACAUCAAUCCUAGGUGAACCUACGGUUGUUUUUUGUGGAGCAGCAUGUAACAAGUUUUUGUUUUCCAACGAGAAUAAAUAUGUUGUUGCAUGGUGGCCAGAAAGUGUGAACAAAAUAUUUCCUACUACUUUGGAUUCUAAGGAAGAAUCUAUGAAGACGAGAAAAAUGCUUCCUCAAUUUCUCAAACCCGAAGCUCUACAACGUUAUGUUGGUAUUAUGGAUACUAAUGCUCAAAGACACUUUUCUUCUCUUUGGGAGAAUAAAUAUCAAGUCACCGUCUAUCCCUUGGCCAAGAGGUAUACUUUUCUCCUGGCUUGUCGUUUGUUCAUGAGCAUGGAGGACGAGAACCAUGUGGCGAAAUUUAGCGAUCCAUUUCAUUUAUUGGCGGCUGGAAUCAUAUCACUGCCGAUCAAUUUUCCCGGAACGCCAUUCAACAAAGCUAUAAAGGCCUCAAACUUGAUAAGAAUAGAGUUGUUGAAGAUCAUAAGGCAAAGAAAGAUGGAUUUGGAACAAGGGGUGGCAUCACCAACACAAGACAUAUUGUCUCACAUGUUGUUGGCGCGUGAUGAAAAUGGUGAAUUUUUGAAUGAACUUAAAAUUGCUGAUAAGAUUCUUGGCCUUCUAAUCGGAGGACAUGACACUGCUAGCGCCGCAUGCACUUUCAUUGUUAAAUAUCUUGCUGAGCUACCUCACAUUUAUGAUAAAGUCUAUCAAGAGCAAAUGGAAAUUGCAAAAUCGAAAUCCCCGGGAGAGUUGUUGAAUUGGGACGACCUCAAGAAAAUGAGAUACUCUUGGAAUGUAGCUUGUGAAGUAAUGAGAGUUGCCCCUCCACUCCAAGGAGGUUUCAGGGAAGCCAUCACUGACUUUAUAUUCAAUGGGUUCUCAAUUCCUAAGGGAUGGAAGCUAUAUUGGAGUGUAAAUUCAACACAUAAGAACCCAGAAUGUUUUCCCAUGCCAGAGAAAUUUGACCCCACAAGAUUUGAAGGAAAUGGACCAGCUCCUUACACCUUUGUGCCAUUUGGGGGAGGACCAAGGAUGUGCCCUGGAAAAGAGUAUGCAAGAUUAGAAAUACUAGUUUUCAUGCACAAUUUAGUGAAAAGAUUCAAGUGGGAAAAGUUGAUUCCAGAUGAGAAGAUUAUUGUUGAUCCCUUCCCUAUCCCAGCAAAGGGCCUCCCAAUUCGUCUUUAUCCACACAAAGCUUGAAAAGAAAUUCAAUUUGGUGCUGCUUGAUAUACACAACUGUGUACAUGUAUAUCCCAAAUAUCUGUCUUCCUGUAUUUGCUAUUUUACUUUGUAAUAUUUAAUAUUUAUUAUUGUCCUUAUAAACCUAAAAAAUAAAGUGGUCACAACACAACAGCUCCGCAGAUGUUUUGGAGACCAAGAUUAGAAAAUGUGACUUGCAGAAAAGUUGUAUACAUUUUAUAGUUAUGGCUUGUAUUGUAUAGUA